CUCAUUGUAUUGAUUCAUAGCACAUUUCCCCCCCUUCAUUUAUGUUGAACUGCUUGAUUCUAAAGUAGAAUUAAACACACUGUUUAUGUUGAACUGCUUGAUUCUAAAGUGUGUAAUAUAAUUAAACACACUAUGUAUAUCUUCACCAUGUUUUUCAGCAGCAAUUUGUCAUUUAGUGCUAGUGUGUGAUGUGUUUGUGUGUGUGUGUGUGUGUGUGUGUGUGAGAGAGAAAUUUGUCAUUUAGUGCUAGUGUGUGAUGUUUAUGUGAAACUGGAAUAUCUUGUAAACCUACAAUAUUCCAUAAUACAAGUAUACGUUUUAGCAUCUUCCCUGGUGCUCUGAAGAAGCGUGAAGUGCUGAUUUGUAUUACCAACCUCUAUCAUGUAUAUGACUAUCCUCCGUUUAAGUAAGUUGUAAGUCAAACUCUACAGAAGUCUCAUGCAUAAGAAAGAUAUACAGAUAGAUGUGGGGUUUUCCAGAAGUCACACAGGCCGAAGCGCACUGAGGGCUUCAUCAGCGCCUGAGGUUUAUGCGCACUGUCCAAUCCUCAUGCAGUAUGCGGCCCCCUUAAGAGCGCGCGGUCCUUCAGACCAGGUCACUCGAGUCGCAGCGGGAGCUGAAAAACUUUUAGCCUAAUAGGCUAAAAGAAACAUGCAGGGUAGCCACCCCUUGACUUUUCGCACAAACAACGCCCCGAGAGGCAACAAUGGCGAACUGCCGAAAACAGAUGAACUGAGCUCUGAACCUAAACUUUUCCGUCGUGAAGGCGUGGUAGUCGCAGUUAAGUCACAUAACGUCGUAGGCUAAUGAAGCUACAGCAGGUAUUUCUUUUAUACCACCCGCUCACUAUAUAAUUUAGAGGAACAAGUAGAAUUUUAUAGGUAGGCUAUGCAGCAUUUCGAAGGACCAUCAGUCUUGUUGCUCGUGUGUUUUGCGAUGAUACCCAACGCUGGCUGUGUUGAGAGAACCUUCUACAUCGGGAUACAAGAGGAGACCUGGGAUUACGCGCCUAGUGGCAAAAACCUCAUCAAUGGCAAGCCUGUGUCUGUGGACGAGCAGGCCUCUGUUUUUCUGAGGAGGGGACCGCGUCGGAUUGGGCGCGUGUACAAGAAAGCCAUUUACGUGGGGUACACGGAUGGAUCUUACACCCAAAGGCUCCCCAAACCCGACUGGCUCGGUUACUUGGGUCCGGUUCUAAAAGGGGAAGUCGGUGAUGUAUUCAUGGUACAUCUGAGGAACUUCGCCUCUAGAUCUUUCUCCGUGCACCCGCAUGGUGUGUUUUACAAGAAAGACUCAGAAGGAGCCCUAUACCCAGACCAGACCUCCGGCGGUUUGAAGCUGGAUGACGGCGUGCCUCCAGGGGGCAAGCACACGUACCGCUGGGUGGUGACGCCAGACUUUGCCCCGAUGGACGGCGACGCCAACUGCCUGACCUGGGUGUACCACUCUCACGUGGACGCCCCGCGAGACAUCUACUCUGGGCUGAUUGGCACCAUUCUCACCUGCAGGACAGGUACCCUGCAGCAGGAUGAAGGACCAGACCGUGCAGAGCUGAGGAGAGUGGACGUGGACCAGGACUUCAUCCUCAUGUUCAGCGUCGUCGAUGAGAACCUUAGCUGGUACCUGGACGAGAACAUCCAGAUGUUCUGCUCUGACCCGGCCGGUGUGGACCCAGAUGAUGAGGAUUUCCGGGAAUCCAACUUAAUGCAUACCAUAAAUGGAUAUGUCUAUGGCAACCUGCCUGGCAUUGAGCUCUGCCUUAACCGCACGGUGGCCUGGCACCUGUUUGGCAUGGGCAACGAGGUGGACAUGCACUCCGUCUACUUCCACGGGCACACCCUGCUGGACCGGGGCCACCGCACCGACGUACUCAGCCUAUUCCCGGCGUCGUUUAUUACGGCAGACAUGGUGCCCGCCACUACAGGAACAUGGCUCCUUAACUGCCAGGUCAACGACCAUCUACAAGCUGGAAUGCAGGCCCUUUUCCAGGUCAGUUCAUGUGGAAACAGGACUGACUCUGAACCUCCUGCGGAGGGUCGAGUUAGGCAGUAUUUCAUCGCUUCAGAGAAGGUGCUGUGGAACUACGCCCCGUCAGGAAUGGACAUUCCUCAAAACAUUUUACUCACAGCGAAUGGAAGACAGUCUGAGGUGUUCUUUGGGAGAGGUGGGGGUCGACUCGGAGGGGUGUAUCAGAAAGCCGUCUACGUGGCAUACACUGAUGACACCUUCUCCGCGAAGAGGAAAUUGACAGAUGAUGAAGAACACCUUGGAAUUCUGGGUCCAGUCAUUGCAGCUGAGGUCGGGGACGUCCUUCAGGUGACCUUCCUCAACAGGGCCGACAGGAACUUCAGCAUCCAGCCUCACGGCCUGCAGUAUGAGAAGACCUCAGAGGGAACCCAAUACCAGGAUGGUACAGUGAAACUGGGCUCUCAGGUGCGUCCAGGUGAGCGAUUCACCUACAGGUGGCAGGUGAGAGACGGCCCGUCCCCAGAUGACCCCCCCUGUGUGUCUUACCUGUACUUCUCUGGCAGCGAUCCGGUCCGCGACACAAACUCCGGCCUCGUCGGCCCUCUGAAGGUGUGCAGGAGGGGGGCUCUGGUCCUGAACACCAAUGCCUCUCAAUCACAGACUGGGCCGACUAGAGAGUUCUUCGUACUCUUCACUGUCUGGGAUGAAAACCUAAGCUGGUACCUGGAGGACAACAUAAGAGCUUACGGGACGUUUGAAUCAGACCCAAACAAUGAGGACUUCCAGGAGAGCAAUAAAAUGCAUGGGGUGAAUGGCUUCAUGUACGGGAACCUUCCUGGCCUGGACAUGUGUCAGGGGGACCGUGUGACGUGGCACCUCAUGGGACUGGGCACCGAGGGGGAUAUGCAUGGCGUCCACUUCCAGGGAAAUACGUUCCAGUUCAUGGGAACCACUCGGGACACUCUCAGUGUCUUUCCACACACCACGGCCACUGUGUCCAUGCAGCCAGACACAGCCGGUGUGUUUGAGUUGAGCUGCAGGGUGACUGACCACUACAUCGGGGGGAUGAGGCAGCACUACCAGGUGCGCUGGUGCGGUCAGACGAGCAGCGGUGUGACGCCACCCCCCGUGCUCCGCCCCGUGGUCCAGUACUUCAUCAGUGCGGACGAGGUGGAGUGGGACUACGCCCCGGACCGCACCUGGGUGUUGCAGAAGCACAACACCAAUCCAGAUGAUAGCCCUGGGAAUAUAUUCGUGGGACGGGGCGAGAACCGGAUCGGCUCCAAGUACAAGAAGGCGGUGUACAGAGAGUACACAGACGCCUCCUUCAGAAGAGCCAAGCUCCGGCUGCCUGAGGAGACCCACCUGGGGAUUUUAGGUCCUAUAAUCAAAGCUGAAGUUGGAGAGCAGAUUUUGAUUACUUUUAAGAACCUGGCAAGCAGACCAUUCAAUCUAUACGCCCAUGGGGUUGGAACGAUGCAACAAACACCUGUCCAGCCAGGUGAAACGAGGAAUAUCCAGUGGAAUGUUCUGGAAAGAGCUGGACCAGGAAAGUCCGAUCCCAACUGCAUCACGUAUGCCUACUAUUCCACAGCUGAUUUUAUGAAGGACACAGCGAGUGGGCUGAUUGGUCCUCUGGUGAUCUGCAGGAGGGGGGUGCUGACCGCUGACCGUCGCCAGAGGGACGUUGCUCGCGAGUUUGCGCUCCUCUUCAUGGUGUUUGACGAAAAUCAGUCCUGGUACCUGGAAGAUAACAUUCAGACGUACCUGGGCAAGGCAGACGUCCCUGAGGAGGAUGAGGAUUUUCAGGAGAGCAACAUGAUGCAUGGAAUCAAUGGUAAAGUGUAUGGCAAUGCGCGUGGCAUCACCAUGGUGACGGGGGAGAAGGUGCAGUGGUAUCUCAUUGGAAUGGGCAACGAGGUGGACAUCCACACAGUUCACUUCCACGGAGAGACCUUCACCUACAAGAUGGCACAGACCCACCGUGCUGAUGUCUAUGAUCUGUUCCCGGGGACCACCCAGACCAUAGAGAUGGUGGCAGGGAACACGGGCACGUGGCUUCUGCACUGCCAUGUAGCAGACCACAUACAUGCUGGCAUGGAGACUACGUUUACAGUCACAGAACGCGCAGGUGGGAACACAAACGGUGCUCCGGCUCUGAAGAAAGACUGGCCCCUCCUGACCUCACUCACUGUCUGCCUUACCCUGUGUCUUCUUCUCUGAUGCGGACGGAUCUGUCCUCGCUCACUCGCGGCCGGAUCCCCUUUUCGGCAAUAGUUGUGACAGAUCGACCAUAUGUUUGUACUUUAAAUGAGACGUAAUUCACAUUUGUGAGUGAGCUCAGUAAGAAUGUAGGGAUGGUGUUUUCUACUGUGUCCAAAAAUUGUUCAGUGUAGGCUGUGAAAUGAGACAUUGAACAUACAUUGUUUAUAUCGUAUAAGAAGUAAUUUACACGUGUGAGGUAAUUUAGUAAGAAUUGAUAUUUUUUAUAGUGUUCCCUCAAUAAUAAUUAUAUGUGUACCUUAAAUGAAGCCAUUGGCUUAGUGUUUGAAAGUUUUUUUCUGUACUGUAUAUCACUGAUGUGUAAGUUACUGUCUUGAGACUGCAAAGAUGUGUUACAUUUAUGUGCAGGAAUUAUGCUGUGCACUAUCAAAUAAACCAUAGAUUAUUUGUAUGGAUAUAUGAAUGAA